AUAUUUCAGGUUGACUGAACUGAAAUCAGGCCAUAUCCUUCGGACAUUCAUUUGGCGUGACGAUGGCGAAAGCGGGCAGCCCCAGCGACGAUCUCGUGAGCCCGGCGCUCAUGGCCGUCGCGGCCAUAAUGCUGCCGGUACUGACGUGGACGCUGCUUCCGUUCGAGGACGAUGCCUUGGACGGAGCGGACUGGACAUCACCCAAGGCCUACCUUGCCUUUCACGACAAGGUUGGGCCGGCGCUGAGCGUCGUCGCCGCCGCCGAGAGCGUCUUACUCGGCGUCGCUCUCACGAUGACGUUCAAGCACUUUAUCAUGUACCGGCUGCAUGGCGAUGGGAUCCCACUGGCCGCCGUCGACAUUGCCAACAAGGACCCGAUCCAAGCGUCGGUGCAGUGUCUCCGCGCGCCUGGCAGCGCCGCCUCCGGCCUCGCGGUCCUCCUCUUCGCCAGCAUGCUCGCGACUGUGCUCGACAAUGUCGUGUUUCAGUGGGAGCAAUCCUCCAUGCUGUCGCUCUCGCCGUUCACCGCUGCGAUCCGCGUUCGCGAUACGUCGGCCCUCGCGCCCGGUUUCUUUCCGCUCGUCGAUGGCAGCGGCAGCGGCGACUUGUACGCGGCGCAAACGCCAUUGACGGCGUGGGCCUUCAGCGCCGGCAUCUCGGCGGUCGCGACAAUGAACAAGGCGUGUCUCCCGGGCCUCGGCUGCGGCCUCACGAACGGCAACGCGACACACCCACUGCUCGCUUGUGACGCGUCGUCGGUCUCGUGCACAGCAAAAGACAUUCCCAUCUUUGGCGGCUACACCAUCGACUGCGCGUCGUCGCCACCGAGAAAGGACCCGGCAGCGUACGCAGUCACAUCGCUCGUCGACUUCAGCUAUGAUCCCAGUGCGUUCAGCAUGCGCGAGUCGGUGCCAAGCGCGCUGUCCCCACCGAGCCUGUGGUGGAAUUUGACACUCCAGCGCCCUGGCAGCGUCCAAGCCGUCGGCUGCAAGGUCGUGCCGGCGUGGACCGUCCGCGCCGAGAACAGCUCGACGGGUUGCCUAACGGAGCGCGUCGUCUACGCGUACAACGCGACGCUCUCGAGCGCCAAGAUCCGCGCGCUCCAGGCCGACGACCCGCGCGCGUUCGUCGUGCAGAACGGCCUCCCGUUUGUCUUUCACCAGUUUGGCUACGCCGCCAACUUUCUCACUUGGUUCUUCAACACCACGUGCCGCAUGGGCGACACGGGCGGUCACGGGGUCACUGGCAGCAGCGCGCUCUACUGCGACGAGGCGUCCGGCCUCCCAGUCCUCACGUCCGUCAAGCACGCGCUGAGCAUCAACACGCCGACGGCCGGCAUCGAGUCGGCGGCCUUUCUCGCGCAAGAGAUGACGUACGUCCUCGAGAUGCUCUACCGGCCCAUUUGGGCGGCCCAGACACUCCAGGCCGGCAAUACGAUCGCGUGCGACAAGUGCGCCGUUGGCAUCGCCCGCGUCGCCCGCCGGACGUCCAUCAUGCUGGUCGUCUGUCUCGUGAACGGCCUCACGCUCGCGCUCGUGCUCGUCUCUCUCUACAUUUCGCUGCGCAAGCGCUUCCCCAAGAGCUCGCUGUACGCCUCGGACGUUGCGCGGCUCGCGGCCGACCGCCAAGAGGUCGGGCACCUCGACCAGUACCAAGACGCCUUCUCGGCCCGCCCACUUGAAGCCGACGUAUCGUAGCUCGCUUCAGCUUAUACGUAUGAUUCUUCGGUGUCCGAGUGCUGACGUGCAGCAAAGGACCUUGAUCGCCUCUGCUCUCGGCUGCAGUCGGGGUUAGGGUUGCAUCAAGUUUUGUAUCAACCGCACCUAGCAGAACCAUCUCCC